CACUCUGUCCCCCUGGUUCUCAUUGUCAUACAAACACGGCUCUCUCAAGCCUCUACUCAUGGGCUCGUUAAUGGUCAGAGCUGGGAAGAACACUUGUCCUGGAGACACUGGGAGAUCUAGACUUGCAUUUCCCCUUUAAGGCACCAGAUGAAUCCCAGCUAGGGCUAAAUGGAAGAAUAACUACACAGACUACAGACGUGAAGCGAUCUUAACAGUAUGAUGAAAAAGCCUUACGAGCCAGAGGACAAGUUCAGGCUGGAGAUGGCCACAGCCCAGCCUGCACCCCCCACCCUGGCCCGAGGCGAGUGGUCCAACAAAAUUGAGUUCCUUCUGGCUGUUGCAGGACAAAUCAUAGGCUUAGGAAAUGUAUGGAGGUUCCCUUACCUGUGCUACAAAAACGGAGGAGGCGUGUUCUUCAUCCCCUACAUCCUCUUCCUCUUCACCUGCGGCAUCCCCCUGUUUCUCUUGGAGACGUCUCUCGGCCAGUACACCAAACAGGGAAGCAUUACAUGCUGGAGGAAAAUCUGUCCGCUUUUUGAAGGUAUGGGCAUUGGCCAUCAGGUGGUUGUUUUAUACUCCAGCAUCUAUUACAUCAUCAUAUUGGCCUGGGCUUUCUUCUAUCUCUUCUCCUCUUUCAACUCUGAGCUUCCCUGGGCCAGUUGCAGAAACAGCUGGAACACAGAGACCUGUGUGGAGUUUGAUCGAAAGGAUGAUUAUUUGAACUGGACUGUAGCUGUGAAUGCUACAUCACCAGUGAAAGAGUUUUGGGAGAAGAGAGUUUUGAAUAUCACAGGAAGUGUCCAUGAGUUAGGCAGCAUACGAUGGGAGCUGGCUCUGUGUCUUCUGUUGUCCUGGAUCAUCUGCUACUUUUGUGUCUGGAAAGGGGUAAAGUCAACUGGGAAGGUAGUGUAUUUUACUGCCACAUUUCCAUACCUGAUGCUGGUGGUACUGCUUGUGCGUGGACUUACGUUGCCAGGGGCCAUAAAUGGGAUCAAGUUCUACCUCUACCCAGAUCCAUCCCGCCUCAGCGAUCCACAGGUGUGGAUGGAUGCUGGCACACAAAUAUUUUAUUCCUAUGCUAUUUGCAUUGGGUGUCUUACUGCGCUUGGCAGUUAUAACAAGUAUGACAACAAUUGUUACAAGGACUGUGUGUACUUGUGCCUUCUAAACAGUGGGACCAGUUUUGUAGCUGGUUUUGCCAUCUUCUCUGCACUUGGAUUCAUGGCAUAUGAGCAGAACACAGACAUAUCAAAAGUGGCAGAGUCAGGUCCUGGCUUGGCGUUCAUUGCCUAUCCUCGAGCGGUCGCCAUGAUGCCUUUUCCUCAGCUCUGGGCGGUUUUAUUUUUUGUAAUGAUCAUCCUACUGGGACUGGACAGUGAGUUUGUUGGACUGGAAGCCAUCGUUACAGCGAUUUCUGACACAAACCCUUCCUUCUUCCACGUUGGCCAUCGACGUAAACUUCUUCUCCUUGCCAUCAGUGUUUUUAGCUUCUUCGUCGGCCUAGUGAUGAUCACAGAAGGUGGGCUGUACAUCUUCCAGCUGUUUGAUUACUAUGCCUGCAGUGGGAUGACUCUCCUUCUCUUUGCCAGUCUGCAGUCUAUCUGUAUCGGAUGGAUAUACGGUGCAGACCGGUUUUACGAAAACAUAGAGGACAUGAUCGGCUACAAACCAACAUCCCUGAUAAAGUAUUGUUUGAAGUAUGUCACUCCAGUAAUAUGCAUGGGAACGUUUGUUUUCUCCUUGAUCAAAUACACUCCUCUGAAGUUCAACAACACUAUUGAGUAUCCUUGGUGGGGAUAUGCUCUCGGCUGGUGGUUUACUCUCUCCUCUACACUCAUGGUUCCUCUAAUUAUGUUGUACAGGGUGUGCACUACUCCUGGUACACUGCGACAGAGGUUCUCUUUUUUAUGUACUCCAACUGAAGACCUGAAAUUGAACAGAUCAGGGAAGAAAGGACUUGAAAUGCUCAAGUUGCCCUCAUCUGACGGCGUAGUGUCCUAUGACAAUGAGCAAACUGGAGCUGCUUCAGAUUUUCUGAACAUCAUGAGUCAUAGAUAAUCAUGCCCUCAAGUCAGUGCUCUGACUCCUUUUAAAGCUGUGGUCCCCAAGUGUUUAUGUUCAAACUCGUACCCCCCUGUCCUUGGUUGCUAAAGCAUACUGGUUGCGACCAGUACAAUUUUUGUUUGCAUACGUUUCAAAGGCAUACAAAUUAUCCAUUAACAAAAAACAAUGCUUUUCUGUCAUUUAAAUAACUGCAAUAAUCAUUUGAGGGUUUGAAUUCUGACAGAAAUAGUGUAAAGAUAAAAUGUCCACCUAACUGUAAAGGGAACAUCUGCUUUUAGCCACAUAUCAUAAUCUUCAAGAAAAAACAUUCAAAAUACUGAAUAGUCCAUCAAAACAUUUUGAAAUAUGUUCUAAAUAGCCAAUGUGAAAUAGUAACAAACAAAACAAACAAAGCCUCAAACUUAUUCAGAAAACUCCUGUCGCUGCGAGCUGAAACCAAUGAUUACUUUCCUAAUAAUUUAAUCUGUUAGAUUUUACUUGAUACAUUUAGUUUUCAGCGACAAAUGCACAUUAAAGCUUCCCAGAAUAUGAGGUAACCGUGAAAAACUUAAUAUCCUCCCAAUUCAUCAUGUAUUAGUGUUUUGUUGAUCAAUUAAUGUAUCUUUUAGUUGUGUCAGCUCUUUCAUCAAGUGAACCUUAAAACCUGCUUUUCAUAAAGAAACAGCAUGCUUGCAUUCACACUCGUAUUUUAAACUGUUACUUUUGGAAAGGAAAAGUGUUGAGAAAAUUAGUGUUUUGUUUUAUCCAGGUUGUACAACUUCUAAGAGUAAAUUAACCAUGAUAAACACUUGCCAAAUAAGCCAUACAGUUUGAACACUUAAGUCACUUGUAGGUGAAAUUGAAUUUCAAAUUGUGGAUAUAGCUACAUGAAGCAGUAAUAUGAAAGAGGAACGGUUGUCCAGCACUUAUUGUCCGAUUCAAACUUUGGACAUUGCCUGCACCUUAAGUUUAACUUAAGUGUGUCUGACAUUAGAAGAACUGUCACCAUAAUAAUGUGCAUGUAAUGCACACAGGAAGGAAAUAAUUCAGCACAAGUUAGUGUUUGGUGAAAACAAACAAACUCGAGUUGGGUGUGACGAUGGAAUACCAAUUGAUAAAGAAAAACACUGAGAAAGCCUGUUGACAGAGCCACAAAGAGUAUAUUUUUAACAGAGCUAUUCCGAUUAUAUUUUUACUGAAGUCUCAACUUUAAAUUGUUUUUAUACAGAAGGUGAAGGUAGUAUUCAUAUCAUUUUGUAUAUUGUUCUUUUGUAUCAUUGGCAUUCAAAUUGGUGGCAAUAGCCCUUUGUGUAACAUGUAAAUGCUAUAAAAUUACAUUACUUACAUUUAAGGAUCAAAAUCUAAUUUGUCUAUUUUUACGUCUGUUUUCACAAGAUUUAUGAAAAUAAUUUCUGUGCUUGUUUGAUUCAUAUUACUGAUACAUACUGUAAUGUGUUUAUUUUAUAUGUCAAUCGUAAAUAAACAAUGUGCCAUACUUUAAAUCA